GGGAGCGCGGCGAAGGGGGGGGUGGGAUCUGAACAUGGCGGCGGUGGUAGCUGCCACGGCUCUGAAGGGCCGGGGGGCCAGAAAUGCCCGCGUCCUCCGGGGGAUCCUCUCCGGAGCCACCACUAACAAGGCUUCCCAGAACCGGACCCGGGGGCUGCAAACCCACAGCAACCCGGAAUGCAAGGAGGAGGAGCCCGAGCCGCUGUCCCCUGAGCUGGAAUACAUUCCCAGGAAGAGGGGCAAGAACCCCAUGAAAGCCGUGGGACUUGCCUGGUACAGCCUGUACACGCGCACCUGGCUCGGGUACCUCUUCUACCGCCAGCAGCUGCGCCGAGCCCGGAACCGCUACCCCAAGGGCCACUCCAGGACCCAGCCCCGCCUCUUCAACGGAGUGAAGGUGCUUCCCAUCCCCGUCCUCUCGGACAACUACAGCUACCUCAUCAUCGACACCCAGGCCCGGCUGGCUGUGGCUGUGGACCCCUCCGACCCUCAAGCCGUGCAGGCUUCCAUUGAAAAGGAGGGCGUUAACCUGGUUGCCAUUCUCUGCACCCACAAGCACUGGGACCACAGCGGCGGGAACCGCGACCUCAGCCGGCGGCACCAGGACUGUCGUGUGUACGGGAGCCCCCAGGACGGCAUUCCCUACCUCACCCAUCCCUUGUGUCAUCAAGAUGUGGUCAGUGUGGGACGACUCCAGAUCCGGGCUCUGGCCACCCCCGGCCACACGCAAGGGCAUCUGGUCUACCUGCUGGACGGGGAGCCCUACAAGGGGCCCUCCUGCCUCUUCUCAGGCGACCUGCUCUUCCUCUCUGGCUGUGGACGGACCUUUGAGGGCACGGCGGAGACCAUGCUGAGCUCGCUGGACACUGUGCUGGGACUAGGGGAUGACACGCUCCUGUGGCCUGGUCACGAGUAUGCGGAGGAGAACCUGGGCUUUGCGGGCGUGGUGGAGCCCGAGAAUCUGGCCCGGGAGCGGAAGAUGCAGUGGGUGCAGCGGCAGCGGAUGGAGCGCAGGAGCACGUGCCCGUCCACCCUGGGCGAGGAGCGCUCCUACAACCCGUUCCUGCGGACGCACUGCCUGGUGCUGCAGGAGGCCCUGGGCCCCGGCGGCCCCGGGGACGACGGCUACUCCCGGGCCGAGCUCCUGGAGAAGCUGCGCCGGCUGAAGGACCUGCACAAGAGCAAGUGACGCCCCGCGGCUCCCAGCGCCCACCGCCCCGCCCCGCCCCCGCCCCCACACCUGCCCACGCCCACGCCCACACCCACACCCACACCCAUAUCUUUCUCACUGCGCCAACCGCCACCUCCACGGGCGACCCUUCCCGACACCGCGCAGGGGCUGAGAGGGAGGAGGUGAUGGGGACCCGGGGCCGAUGGAAGGUGUGGAGGCUCCAGGAGCGAGGCCUGGUUAGCCUGGGUGAGAGGAAAGGAGGGUCCUCAAGACACCCCCAGGAAGUGACACCCCCGCCCCCAGCACCACCACCACCUCCCUUCCCCAUCCCGGCCGAUCGGACCCACAGAGGGUCCCUCUCACCCCCUCCUCCCAUCCAAAGAAACACAGGCCCCCCCCACAAAGUGGCCCGGGAUGUGGGUUGGUCAGAGAGGGUCUCCCUCGCGGAGGUCCUGUUGGACAGGGGCGUCUGAGGACGCCCCUCCAGCCCUGAAGAUGGGGGGUCUCGUCCUGAGGGAACCCAGACCUCAGUGUGAGGAGACCCCGGAGGCCGGGAGGCGCAGCCCCUCUAUGCCAUGGUCCCAUGCAUCCCCUCGCAGUGGGCCCGGGCCUGCCCGUGGCCUCUGCCCCUGCCCUGGGCCCGGACGGCCCAUCGCUCCCAGGGGAGAGAGUGCCACCACUGGCCUCAGCCCGCUGGCUGCUCCUUCGCCCCUCAGCCCCGGAGCUGCUAACGCCUGCCUCCUCCUCAGCCCCCGCCCUGCUCACGUGGUAAAGACAUUCAUCUGGCCCUUAGCAGUUUGCCAAGAACAUUCCCACGCAGCCCUCACCUGGUCCGUGGUCCCAUCCUGGCUUGGACAGGGAAGCUUGGGGAGGGUGGUGGUCAUCCUGGGUCCCUGUGAGUGGAAGAUCCCAGGGUCCCGGGCUCAGCCCUCCCUCAGCUCAGUUUCUCCCCCAGACUCCCCCCCCCCCAGGUUCUAGAGGGUUCCAGAGGGUUCUAGAAGCUUCCAGAGGCUUCCACCAAAAGGAACCCUGGGAACCCCCAUCCAUUAUACCUGGGGCCAACCAGGAGCUUUCUCUCCCUGGAGCCCCACCAUCCCACAAGCUCUGAUCACCUCUGGCGAGGCUCCAAGAUGAACCCUGACCUGUCCACCCUCAUCUUCCUCUCCUGCCUCUGCCCCCUUGAGCACAGCCUCUGGCACCAACUCUAGCAAUACCGUCAGACUAGUUAGAUCCCAGCCUUCCCCGGACCCGCCCUCCUGCCUCUGUGCCUUCGCUCCCGCUCCCUCCAGACUGGAAUGCCUUUCCCUGCUCCUCCCGCCCGGUCUGCCUGGCAAAACCCCAUUCCAUCUCUUGACAACCCCCUCCAAGGCGCCUUCCUCCGGGAAGCCGGCCCUCAUGCCCCCCUCCCCAUCCAGGCUACCUCCGCUCUUUGUAAAUGCUUCUUCUCCCGGGACCCCCUUCACACUGUAUUUUACUGUUUACACGUUUGUCCGUCUCUCCCCUUCUAGACUGUGAACCCUACAGGGCAUGGACUGUAUCUUAUGCAUCUCUGUAUUUCCGCGCCUAGCACGGUGCCUGGAACACAGUAGGCGCUCAAUAAAUGUUCAAUAAACGAAUGAAUGAUUUCACCGAA